AUGGCAGCCAUGUUGCCCUCCCCAAAUGGUUGGGACGAGAAUGACGACAAGCACAUCGAUUCCCUCUCUCCAUCAACCGGCUUGCUAAAUGAAACCAAGAUCAACAUCCCGUCAUCAACAGUAACGAGGACAUCGAGUUUUCUUUGGAAAUAUGUUGAUGCUCGUCUACUAUUUGAAGGGUUUCUUGUUUUUUCCCUCAUCGUGGCUCUGAUGUCGAAUACAGGGAAACCUGACGACAUAGAUUUGGUCGACGACAGAAGCUUUGGGCCAACGCUCCCACGAAAGCCCGUCAUUUUCGGCAACACCGCCGGUCUCGGACCGGACCUCGUCUAUCAUGACACUGAAAUGCUCUGGAACAAGACCAGGAUGCAAGAGAUCCAUAAGAACUGGCAUUCCCUGUUCCCUCCUGGCCGCGGCUACAUCACCGUCUCUGAAGAAGAAGAGUUCGAAGUCCUGCAUCCAGCGUUCAAGAUGGACAACGUCUUUGAGGAGGGCGACCACUAUGAGGGCCACAUCAUGGCGGUCUAUCAUCAGCUUCAUUGCCUUUCUAUCCUGAUGACCGCCUUAGGCACCUCCCGAGAAGAGUGGGCGAUGCUAGAGUCACAGAAAGUAGAGCAUCGGGCUCACUGCGUCGAGUAUCUGCGGCAGAGCAUUCUCUGCUCCGCAGAUACCACUCUGGAGGGGGAGACGGGGGCUUGGGCCAAGAGUACAGGAUGGGGGCAGACGCAUUCUUGUGUCGACUUUGAUGCCCUGAUGGAGUUUGCCAAUGAGCGUGCCAUGUGGAACCUGACAGAGCGACUGUUGCCGGACAGCUUUGAUCCUCUCAAGGUCCCUGAGAACGGCGAGGGGCAUGAAGGGGAGCACUAG